GUCACCUGUCCCUGCGAGUCCUGAAUGACUGCUUCUGUUUCAGGUUACCUGGGAGGCUUUGAUGGGAACUUCCUGUGGAACAGAAUCGGGGCUGAAUAUACCAUGAAUGUGCCCGUUUGGUCCCUCCGACUGCUGCCAGCCGUGGCCGGUGCCCUGUGCAUCCCUUUAGCAUACCAAAUCCUGGUGGAACUGCACUUCUCCCACUGCGCCGCGCUGGGAGCUGGUCUGCUGAUCCUCUUGGAAAACUCCCUGAUCACUCAGUCCAGGCUGAUGCUCUUGGAAUCCAUAUUGAUAUUUUUUAUCCUGCUGGCAGUUUUGUCCUACCUGAAGUUCUGCAAUUCACAGAAACGCAGCCCCUUCUCUGCAACCUGGUGGUUUUGGCUUCUGCUGACUGGAGUUGCCUGCUCCUGUGCUGUUGGGGUAAAAUACAUGGGACUUUUCACCUACAUGCUGCUCUUGGUCAUCGCUGGAAUCCACUUCUGGCACUUGAUAGGAGACCAGGCUUUGUCAAAAGUCUCUGUGCUGUGUCAUUUGCUGGCGAGGGGUCUAGCCUUGGUGGUUAUCCCAGUAGCUAUGUAUCUGUCUUUCUUCUACAUUCACCUGACUUUGCUCUACCGCUCGGGGCCUCAUGACCAGAUCAUGACCAGCGCUUUCCAAGCCAGCUUGGAGGGCGGGCUAGCUCGCAUCACCCAGGGCCAGCCCUUGGAAAUAGCCUAUGGCUCACAGAUUACCCUGCGGAACGUCCUGGGCAAACCCAUGCCCUGCUGGCUCCAUUCACACAAGAACACGUAUCCCAUCAGGUAUGAGAACGGCCGAGGGAGCUCCCAUCAGCAGCAGGUGACCUGCUAUCCCUUCAAAGAUGUCAACAACUGGUGGAUUGUGAAGGAUCCUGGGAUGCAGCAGCUGGUGGUGAGUAACCCACCACGGCCCAUCCGCCAUGGGCAGAUCGUGCAGCUGGUCCACGGGAUCACAACGCGCUACCUCAACACGCACGAUGUAGCAGCACCUCUGAGCCCCCAUGCCCAGGAAGUUUCGUGUUACAUUGAUUACAAUAUCUCCAUGCCAGCGCAGAACCUCUGGAGGGUGGAAAUCGUGAACCGUGAGUCAGAUGCAGAUGUGUGGAAGACCAUCCUGUCGGAGGUGCGCUUUGUCCAUGUGAACACCUCCGCGAUGCUCAAGCUCAGUGGAGUGUCUCUGCCUGACUGGGGAUACAGGCAGCUGGAAGUUGUUGGGGAGAAGCUGUCCAAGGGUUACCACCAGAGCAUGCUGUGGAAUGUGGAGGAGCACCGCUAUGGGAAGAGCCAGGAGCAAAAGGAGAGGGAGGUGGAGCUGCACUCGCCCACGCAGAUUGACAUCAGCAAAAACCUCAGCUUCAUGGCCAAGUUCACAGAGCUGCAGUGGAAGAUACUCACGUUGAAGAAUGAAGACACGGAGCACAAGUACAGCUCUUCGCCACUGGCCUGGAUCACCAUGGACACAAACAUCGUGUACUGGCUCCACCCUGCCUCUGGUGCUCAGAUCCACCUGAUCGGGAACAUGCUCAUCUGGACUUCAGCAAACGCUGCAACGCUCGCCUACCUGUGCCUAUUCCUGUGGUACCUGCUGCGCCGGCGGCGGAGGAUUUGCGAUGUCCCAGAAGAUGUGUGGUGGGCCUGGGUGUUCGCUGGAGGGCUCUGUGUUGGGGGCUGGGCUGCGAAUUACCUCCCCUUCUUCCUGAUGGAAAAGACACUUUUCCUGUACCACUACCUGCCAGCUCUCACGUUCCAGAUCCUCCUGAUUCCCAUGGUACUGCAGCAUCUGAACGAUCACUUCUGCAGAUCCCAGCUUUCCAAGCACAUGUUCCAAGCCCUGAUCGUAGCCUGGUUCUCUUCCGUCUACCUCACCUACCGCAUGUUCAGCCCACUGACCUACGGCAAGCCCCCCCUCUCGCCUGCUGAGCUCAGGGCCCUGCGCUGGAAGGAGAGCUGGGACAUCCUGAUCCGAAAACACUAAGAGCGCCAGGUCAAGGAAUGAAAUGAAGGCUCUGAUCGGGCGAAUUUUGAGCUGGUUGUGGAAGACCUGUUUGUGCCUCCAAGUCAGUGCACUCUACCUUGUUCGUGUGGGUUCAAGGCAAAAAGCCUUGUUGUUACAUGAGCUGGGGGCCAGGAGCUGCUUCCCCCGGGGACUGGAAUGGUUUCCAUUAGACUUGCUGCUCUGCACCAUUACACCCUGCGAAGGAGAGAGUGAGCAUUACAACAUCUACUGUAGGCUCAUAGCCUGCAGCAUCCUGGAUGGCGAGCACAGACCAGGAACCCAGGCUGGCCAUGAGAGCUCUAACUGUGCGGCCUUGUAUUGCUCCAGACCUUCCUGGCCUGGAAGGUGACUGUAGCCUAGAUUCACUGACAGGAAACCCUAGGAACCAUUUGUUUUCUGCAGAGCUACUUUGGUAGUGUGAGGGGCAGUUACCUAAAGCAUUAACUAACCUAAGCUGUUACCCUCUGCAAAGCACAGUUCUGGGGCAGCCAGAACACUAACCUGUUUAAUCUCCUGUCACUUACAAGCACUACCCAGCCCUACACUGAGCUGGUCUGCUCAUUAACAGGUUCCCAUUCACUGUACUGAAGUCAGCAUAGAAAUGACCAUGCAGAGAAUCCCCCUCCUUUUGUUCUGUUCUUUAAAGCCAUGGCUGUAUCACAAAAGCGAAGGGAGAACAGGCUGGUGGGCGCAGCUGCUGACUGUAGGAACAGUCCCGACAACGUCCCUUUUGUUGUGUUGGAGUGAAAAUGCCAUUAGCAUUUUGCUAUAAAGUAUCCGCACCC